GGAGAAAAAAUAUGAAAACAUUUUUUUAUUAAUUAAGGAACUAUUUUAUUUAUUUCGGGAAUUCGUGAUUUGACAAUUCACACAUAAUACAAAACGUAAAUGCUAAGAUAAGCACGGUAUACAUUUUCCAAAAGUGAUGUUAAAAACAUUUAACUUGUUCUUCUUGUACAGCUGAUUGCGCAUAGAAAAUAUUUUCCCCCCAAUCAAUUUCGAAUCUCAAAUAUAGAUUUAAAAAUAAACGUUACGGUAUCUUAGAACACUGUGACGCAAAAGUGCGGUUUUUGCGUAUUAGAACGUAUGUACACGUCAUUUCGAGUGGUAUAAAAAGGAGAAAGAGACGAGACAUCCACAUUUUUGAAUAAUGAUGGCACACGACAUGGAGCGAGUACUGAUGUCCCCGGCUUUCGAAGUGUUCAACAAGCUUCGGCUCGCAGGACAGCUUUGUGACGUGGUCCUCAUCGCAGACGGUGUUCAGUUCAACGCCCAUAGAGUGAUUCUGUGUGGCUGUAGCUCCUACUUCCAGGCUCUGUUCACCACCGGCUGGAGUGAUUCAGGAAAGCGGGAGUACCAACUCCCAGGCAUUUCCCCAGAAACAUUGAGGCAGGUCAUCGAGUACGCCUACACGUACUCUGUGGUCAUCACAGCUCACAAUGUGGAGAACCUCCUGGCAGCUGCUGAUUAUCUCAGUGUCCUGGGCAUCGUACAGCGCUGCUGUGACUUCCUGCAUGAGCAUCUCUGCCUUGACAACUGUGUUGGGCUUGUCAAAAUCGGAGAUGUCUACUGCCUCAAGGAGCUGCACCAGUCUGCAUUCAAAUUCCUCCUGAAGAACUUCAAGGAGGUUGCCAUCAACUCAAACGAGUUCCUAGAACUCACGCUCGAAGAACUUUGUGACAUCAUGGAGCGGGAUGAACUGAAUGUCAGAGAAGAGGAUGUGGUGUUUCACGCCAUCCUCCGGUGGAUCGAGCACGAUCCUGCCACCCGAGAGGCCCACAUUUCAGUUCUGUUGCCCAAGGUUCGCAUGGCUCGUAUGGAUCCAGAAUAUUUCAUGAAGAUCGUCAAAAAAAACGAUCUAGUGAAGGCCAAUGCGGCGUGCAGGCGAAUUAUCAGUGAUGUCAUGAAGGUCAUCUAUGAUCUUGAUGAUGAAAGUCCACUCUCUGACUUUGAGAACCCGCUGAUCCGCCCACGCUUGCCCUCUGACGUUUUGCUGGCUGUCGGUGGAUGGAACAUGGGCACUACUAACUGCAUUGAUGCGUAUGACACACGGGCCGACCGCUGGGUGGAUAUCACGCAGGAGGAGCAGAGCAACUUAGCUGGUCAUGGCAUGGUGUACCAUAAUGGAUUUGUGUACUGCAUUGGGGGGUUUGAUGGCCAACACUUCAUUAAUUCCGUGCGCAGAUAUGACCCGAUAACACGAGAAUGGCAGCAGAUGGCCCCCAUGCACUGGCAUCGCUGUAAUGUUAGUGUGGUUGUGCUCGAUGGGUUCAUCUACGCCAUGGGUGGCCAUAUUGUUUUCAGGCCCCUCAAUAAAGUAGAGCGGUACAACCCAGUAACCAACGAAUGGACCCAGAUCGAGCCCAUGAAUGAGAGGAGAAGCGAUGCCAGUGCCACCACCCUGAAUGGCAAGAUAUACAUCUGUGGGGGCCACAGUGGAACAGAGAGCCUUUCUACAGUGGAGUGCUUUGACCCACUCACUAACGAAUGGAGCUUGAUCACUCCAAUGAGCACUCCCCGUCACAGCCUUGGAGUCACGGUGUAUAAAGGGAAGAUCUAUGCGGUGGGCGGUAUCAACAGGUCUGAUCACCUGCAGACCAUGGAGGUCUAUGACCAUACCACAAACCGCUGGCAUGCUGUGGCCCCCAUGUCUACACCACGCAGUGAAUUUGGCAUCGCAGUGGUGGACGACCUCCUGUUUGUGAUGGGCGGCCACGAUGGGUUUAGGGUAACAAACAAGGUGGAGUGUUAUGAUGCGGGGACAGGCAGCUGGUAUCGUGCGCAGGACAUGACCAGACCCAGAAAACACUUCAGCUGCUGCGUAGUGCCUGCGCACCCCCGCAUCAUACAAUACGCUUCACCUCGUUAGUCCCUGAUGGCCACCAAGGAGGAAACCCAUCUGCCCACAACAGCAUGCCCAGUACGUAACCUCAUUUACACCCCCCACCCCGAAGUCAUUUUCCAUGGCCUCGCUAAACUCCUCCCACACCUGAGUUUUUGCCUCGACGACCGCCGAAGCCGCAUUCCAUCAUUUCAUCACCGCUGUCCACCAGCGGGUUCGGGGAAUGCCGCCACAACAGGCACCGACCACCUUACGGCCACAGCUCCAGUCAGCCGCCUCCACAACGGAGGCAUGGAACAAGGCCCAUUCGGACUCAAUGUCCCCUGCGUCCUCCAGGACAUGGGAGAAGCUCUGCUGGAGGUCGGAGUUGAAUCUUCUCCUGACAUUGCAUACUUAAAAUAAAGUUCUCUUUUUUAUAUUA